CCGGCCUCUCCUCCCGCCUCGUCCCCACCCCCCACCCACCUCGCUCUCCCAGUGUCUCCGUCUGACUGAGGGUUUGUCCUGUUAAUGCGGGAUGAGCGAUCAGAAGAAGGAGGAGGAGGAGGAGGCGGCGGCGGCGAUGGCUACAGAAGGAGGGAAAGCCUCCGAGGCAGAGAAUAACAAUAAAAAACCCAAAACCUCAGGCUCCCAGGACUCUCAGCCCUCUCCUCUGGCACUGCUGGCCGCUACUUGCAGCAAGAUAGGGACUCCUGGUGAAAACCAAGCCCCCGGACAGCAGCAGAUCAUCAUAGAUCCAAGCCAGGGACUGGUGCAACUGCAGAACCCACCGCCGCAGCUCGAACUCGUCACCACGCAGCUCGCCGGCAACGCCUGGCAGCUGGUUGCCUCCACCCCCCCCACCUCGAAGGAGAAUAACGUUUCUCAACCAGCCUCUAGCUCCUCUAGUUCUUCCAGCAGUAAUAACGGGAGUGCCUCUCCUACCAAAACGAAAUCAGGGAGCUCUGCUACCCCCGGGCAGUUCCAAGUCAUCCAAGUGCAGAAUCCGGGGGGUAGUGUCCAGUACCAGGUGAUCCCCCAGCUUCAGACGGUGGAAGGACAGCAGAUUCAGAUCAAUCCGGCCAGUAGUUCAUCUCUACAGGACUUGCAGGGUCAAAUUCAGCUCAUUUCUGCAGGUAAUAACCAGGCGAUCCUCACGGCUGCCAAUAGGACAGCUUCCGGGAAUAUCCUUGCUCAGAACCUGGCCAAUCAGACCGUUCCAGUCCAGAUUCGACCUGGUGUGUCGAUACCACUACAGUUACAGACCCUGCCCGGGACGCAGGCCCAAGUGGUAACGACCCUGCCCAUUAACAUUGGAGGAGUGACUUUAGCCUUGCCAGUGAUCAAUAACGUGACCGCCGGAGGAGGAGGGGCCCCUGGCCAGGUUGGCCAGCCAGCCACCACUACUGCUGAUAGCGGCACCUCGAAUGGGAAUCAGUUAGUCUCCACCCCCACCCCGACCACCACUACCACCACCACCUCGGCUUCUGCCAGUACCAUGCCGGAGUCUCCCUCCUCCUCCACCACCUGCACAACCACCGCUUCGACAUCCCUGACGAGCAGUGACACGUUAGUGAGCUCGGCUGACACGGGCCAGUAUGCAAGCACAUCAGCCAGCAGCUCCGAGCGCACCGUGGAAGAGUCUCAGCCAGCCGCCGCCGAGUCGGAAGCCCAGAGCUCCAGCCAGCUGCAGCCCAACGGGGUCCAGAACGCUCAGGACCAAGCUGGUUCCCUGCAGCAGGUGCAACUCGUCGGCCAGCCCAUCCUACAGCAGAUCCAGAUCCAGCAGCCCCAGCAGCAGCUCCUCCAGGCCAUCCCGCCACAGUCCUUCCAGCUGCAGUCAGGCCAGACGCUCCAGGCCAUCCAGCAGCAGCCGCUGCAGAACGUGCAGCUGCAGGCAGUGAACCCCACUCAGGUGCUUAUCAGGGCUCCCACUCUGACCCCUUCAGGGCAGAUCAGUUGGCAAACUGUCCAGGUCCAGAAUCUUCAGAGUCUCUCAAAUCUGCAAGUGCAGAACGCCGGGUUAUCCCAGCAGCUAACCAUCACCCCAGUGUCUUCAAGCGGCGGCACGACGCUGGCCCAGAUAGCGCCCGUGGCAGUGGCCGGGGCCCCCAUCACACUGAACACUGCCCAGCUGGCAUCAGUGCCUAACCUUCAGACAGUGAGUGUGGCCAACCUGGGGGCUGCAGGCGUUCAAGUGCAGGGAGUUCCGGUCACGAUCACUAGCGUUGCAGGCCAGCAGCAAGGACAAGAUGGAGUAAAAGUCCAGCAAGCUACUAUAGCUCCUGUAACCGUAGCAGUGGGAGGAAUUGCUAAUGCAACGAUAGGUGCUGUUAGUCCUGACCAACUCACACAAGUGCAUUUGCAGCAAGGCCAGCAAGCUUCUGAUCAGGAGGUGCAGCCUGGCAAGAGGCUCCGAAGAGUUGCAUGUUCCUGUCCCAACUGCAGGGAAGGGGAAGGCAGAGGCAGUAAUGAACCAGGAAAAAAGAAGCAGCACAUCUGUCAUAUUGAAGGGUGUGGUAAAGUUUAUGGCAAAACAUCUCAUCUCCGAGCGCAUCUCCGCUGGCAUACUGGAGAAAGACCUUUUGUGUGCAACUGGAUGUUUUGUGGUAAGAGAUUCACCAGGAGUGAUGAGCUGCAGAGACACAGAAGAACCCACACAGGUGAGAAGAGAUUCGAAUGCCCAGAGUGUUCCAAAAGGUUCAUGCGGAGCGAUCACCUCUCUAAGCAUGUGAAGACACACCAGAACAAGAAAGGCGGCGGGACGGCUCUGGCCAUUGUUACCUCGGGAGAACUGGACUCGUCUGUCACAGAGGUGCUCGGCUCCCCACGAAUUGUCACAGUCGCAGCCAUUUCUCAAGAUUCGAAUCCAGCAACUCCCAAUGUUUCAACCAACAUGGAAGAAUUCUGAAACGACAUUUCUAACAGAGACCUCUAGUGCCGCACUUAACGUUUACACACCUUUGAAUAGCUGGAAACGGGCUGGUCACGUGGAUUACAGAGUAGGAAAUCAUGUUUUCAUUCUUGGCUUCUUUAAGUAUUCCUAGGUUUUGGGCAACACAUGAAGUGUUGAAUUUUUUUUUUUUUAAGUACACGAAGCAAACUAAUAUACUGGAAACAAAGAAGUCUUUCCUCCAUGCUCUAAGUUGUAGUUAUUUGGAAGUACAGCAUGUCACCUUUGCAUAGAUUCUUCCCUGUUUUAACAUCACGUGUUCACAGGUUUCAAAAGACCUCAGUUGUUUGGCAGGCUGGACCUUAAUUAGGCAUAUUUGCUUUGAAAAUACUUUCUUAUAAAUGCAUUUCUUCUAUCCAUAGCACAGAAAACAGUUAACUGAUAACAAGGACAAUACUGUAUUUCCUUAGCUUGGUUUUUUGGGAAAAAAAUUCAACUGAAAGUAGUUUUGGCCGUCUUUUCUAAAUGGUAGAAAUUCUUCAACAGUUGGACUAGGUAAGUUCCAAACCAGUCUUCUGAGAUGCAUCUCAGAUCUUUGUUACCACUACAUUGUAGUAGUGUGUAUGCAGACAAUCAGUGAAGUUCAGUUGUUUUCUCCAUUUGGAGACACAGGAGGAACCCCAAGCUGAAUCUUAGGUUAAAUAUUUAGGUUGAAACUUUAGGAAAAUGCUAGGGGGGAUAAUGGUUAAAUAAAAUUCCUAAGAGCUUCAGAAAAGUGAAAUGAAUCAAUUUAAUAUGCAUUGUGUUAAAGGUAGGGUUGAUUAUAUUCCUAACCCUAGGCUGAACCACAAAAUUCGAUUUUAAAUGUUUAUAUUGGAAAUAUUUGCAUAGAGUGUAAAUUGUUCUGUAGUUUCAUAUUCUGUAAAUAGGAAUUAUGUUGACAAUGUGCAGACAUCUUUAUGCUUUGACAUGGUAGCCAAAGAAUUAUCAACAUUUUUUUAAAGGCCAGCAGAAAACUUAUCUUUUAACUAUACGUUUUAGUUUUCAUUUUCCUUUAUUAAAAAUUGGCCAAUUCCAUUUUACUUCUAGUACUGUUAGAAGGUUAAUUGAAAUUCAUAGCACAGUAACAUCUUUAUGUUACACCAAUAACUGACUUUUCCCUAAAAAUCUAGACAGCCUAGCAAAUAUAUAAUAGAUAUGAUAUUAUGGAGCGAAACUUAUUUUUGAGAAUCAGAUUUUCAGUCAAAUAGUGACUGAAGAAAAAAAAAUAUAUUUCAUUCUAUAUGAAAGGGUCUUAUAGUCAAGAGUCUUAUUAGGAAAGAUGGCCAAAAAAAUUCCUUAUGGAAAAUAAGUGAAUUAUGCCAGUAGCUUAAACAUUAGUAAGAUUUAUCUUGUUUUUAAAAAGCAUUUCCACAGAAUCAUAAUUGGUGAAAUCAGCCAUUUGGAAACUGAAGUUUUUCCUCCCUGCUCAGCACUGGUUUGAGAACUGUUUGAAUACAGGUGUAUGUUUUCUCGUGCAUUCUCUAUGAUUUCAGGAAAAGUACUACUCAUGCGAAAUCUCUUCCAAAAUUGUGGUGUUUUCUUGUAUUUUUGAUGAAGGAGAAAUACUGUAAUGAUCACUGUUUACACUAUGUACACUUCAGGCCAGCCCUUUGUAGCGUUAUAUAAAACUGAAGCCUUUUGUGCUUUCAGUUUGUAUAAAAAAGCUUUGAGAUUAAAGGAAAAAAAAUUUUUACACUGUGGUUAUAAAUUUCAAGUUUCUUAAAGCUUUUGUAGACUUGUAACAAAGUCUUUAAAUUUUAAGUUGGAUUUUGUAAAUUGUUUUGUAUAUUUUAUUUAAUGUACUCCUAACAACUGAUGUAUCUGGCUUUAAACAUCAGAAUCAGUUUGUUGUUUUGUUUGGUACAGAGGAGUGUUUGGUAGUGUUCAGUUUAAUUUUAUUAUAUAGGAGCUGAAACAUCAAAUAUAUAUUUUAUCUAUCAUUAUGCUACACAAUCAGUGCUAUAAAUUUUUUUAUGCAAAGAAACUUUCUUAAUGUUCCAAUCAUGUUUCUUUCGAGCGACACUGUUGUUACCGUUGCCACCAGGAAUGGGCACUCUGCAUCGCGACCCCAUGCGCCAGCUUCCCUGCAGUCCUGUGUGUUCUCUCGAGAUGGAAGCUCAUUUUCUGAUCAACAAUGAGGCCUAUUAUAAAUUUCUCAAACUGAGUCUGGAUAGCUUUAUAGCAUAUCAAAUGUGUUCAUUUGUGUUAGCAGGUGCACAUUUCACCACUGAAAUGAGAAAUUUCUUGACAGUCUGUUCUGCAUAUCAUUCUGAGUCCACUUUCCUGUCUUAGAAGAGCCGUAAAUCUCAAUGUCCUUUAUUUGACUCAGUGGGAAUAGCAGUUAUAAGUAAUAGGACACAGAUGUGCAGUAGAGUCUUGUUUAAUGGCAUUUCACUGUUCAUUCCCUUUGCCACCGUUACAAAGCUUUUCUUUAUUGUAAUUAUCAGUGCAAAGCUAUGUAUUUAUCAUGGUAGAACUUGAGUGUUAGAAUAGUUUUUUCUUACAGUAUACUUUCUUUGGUUAGGUUUGUGUAUGUGUUGCUGAUUACAUUAGAACUUGAUGUUAAGUCAUUAUUUAUCACACUCUCAUGAGAGCAGUAAUAAAAGUGUGUAAUCUAGGAGAAAAAGUUAAUUUGUCAAACUUAGAUAAGCAUGAUGUUUAGGUCCUAUUUUUCAAUUUUAUAACUGUUUUAUUGCAACAAUAUUUGUAUUUAAGUCUCCAUUUUAAUGCCUUGUGGUGUUUUUUUAUGCAUGUCACUAAGUCGUCAUCCCACAUCAAUUGAUGUGCAGCAUAGGGUAUUAAAUCUACAUAAUGAUUUUAAAGCAGAAAUAGUUGAUGGUAAAAUGUAAAUGUUUUGCAAAAAUUCCUUAUAAAAAGUUUUGUAGUAACAUUUCACUUGUAAAUUUUUUUUUGUAAAAAAAUGAAAAUGAAAAAAAAAAGAUGAAUCAAAAAAAAUGUUUCCCAUAUCCUAGAAUUUAGACAAUUAUUCUGCCAGCAAAGCCUCCAGGGCUGUAAUUGACAUUUUUACAGUGCUGAUUUGUAUAAAAUUUGUUUUUUUGUGGAUUUGGAAAUAAAAUCAUGUACAAGUUGUUGCCUGCAAUAACAAUUGCAAGUAACCUAUUAAAAAUUCCCUUGAGUUCAA